UGUAUAGUACGCAUGCGCCGUACAUAUCACGGUGGCCGCUCGUCAACUCAGCUAUGAUAGUAGAAAUGUAUAUUGAACCUUAACUUCUGCUUACAGUAAUGAGACGGUAACUUCACGUAUUACAGUUUUUAUUCUAAAAAGGACUCUAGAAGGACACUAGAGUCAGUCAGCUUCUGACAGAAGAUGACAGCCAACGAGGAUCAAGAGAUGGAGUUGGAGGUUCUCCGCUCCAUCUACGAGGGGGAUGAGUGUUUCAAAGAGAUCAGCCCUGUGUCCUUUCAGUACAGGGUGGGAGAACUUGAUGACACCAAAGCCUUCAUUCUUGAUUUCACGUGGCCGGAAUCCUACCCAGCUACCGCCCCUCAGAUAUCCCUAGUUGCAUUUUUUAAUAACAGAAUAUCCUCACUGACGAAGCAGCAGAUUGUCUCCAAGGUGGAGGAGCAGGCAGAGGCCAGCCUGGGCGAGGCCAUGAUGUACACGCUGUUUGAGUGGGCCAAGGAGAACCAGGAGAGCCUCAUGGAGGAUCAUCAGCCCGUCGUCACCGCUGUGAUCUCCAAUGACACGACGGCGACAGAGGGCAAGAAAAAGGAGAAAAAGGAACAGCUCACAAAAUCACAAAAAAGGAGGAUAACUUGUAGGACGGAUAACAAGGGGGAAAUGCCCCGAGGCUGGGACUGGUGUGACGUUAUCAAGGUAUGUUUUUUUUUUAUUUUGUUUCUCCCCUUUACUCCACUAGAUGGCAAUGGUUGACAAUGUACAAAAUGA